AUGACUUUUGUUAAUGUUCCCCUAUUUCUAAAACAUGUUUAUGAUUCUAAAUUUUUACAUGUUUAUGAUCCUAAGUUUUUAGUCAAGGUUAAUAUCGAAGUUGCUAUUGUGCCAAAUGCUCAAUUGCCUAUAUCUGUUGAAGGUGGUGAUGUAUCGAUGGUUGGUCAGGCAAUAGGAACAAUUGUGCCAUGGCCAAUGAACCUUCUUGAAUUUGUUGCUGAACGUGAAAAGAAUCCUGAUCAAUCCCAAAACAAAGUUAAGAAUACCCAACGAAGUGUUGAUUCUGUUUCGUCACCUAACAAAAGCAACAUAAAAUUCAAAAUUGAAGAGUCUCCUAGAGUUGGCGGUUCAACCAAUCUUGUAAAUUUACCUUUCCUUGAUAUGUAUGUGAAAAAGAUGAUGAGGGUUGGAUCGUUAAUUCAAAUAAAAAUGGAGGAAAGUAUAUUUGGUGAGGAGUUUAUAGAGCAUCUACGUGUAGAGAGUAUAAAAGAGAUUCUUGAUCACAAUUGGUUAAGUGCCUCUGUUAUCACUGUAUUUUCCAGGUAUUUGUAUGACAAGUUUAUUAGUCCAAAUGGAUUAAUAAAUAAGUUCUCCUUCAUAUCCCCACAUGUAUCAAAGGAGGAUAAUCUAGGAAAUGCUAUAGCAAAAAUACUUCUGAAAGAUGAGGAGUAUUUCAAGGAUAAGAUGAUUCUUGCACCUUGCAAUCUAGGGAAACAUUGGGUACUACUUGUCAUCAAUCUCGAUGCUGAGGUGAUAUAUUACAUGGAUCCGUUGAAUGGUGAACCAACUAAACAUCAAAAUUUAAAAACCAAGUUUGAGAAUGCAUUGCAAAUUUAUCGUGCUAAUAGUAACUCUAAAGUGCCUAAAGUCUCCAAGUCAAAGAAAAUUUCAUGGUCAAAAAUUCGGUGUCCCCGUCAAAUUAAUAGCAUUGACUGUGGAUAUUUUGUAAUGCGAUUUAUGAAAGAGGUCAUCAUGGAAAAUGAAAUUAUGAUCCCCAUAAAUUACUUUCCUGACCACAAGUGUCGUACCUACUCUAAGGAUAAGUUAACUGAGGUCAAAGAUGAUUGGGCUACCUAUAUGGUGGAUGAUAUUUUCGGAAAACAAGAAGCAAUGAUUUUGCCUAGCUAG